UGGCGCUCCACCGACGCACCCGCCCGCCCCAGACUCUUCGUGGAGGAAAGCAGGGAGGCCACCCACGGCAUCUCCUCCGGGCUGAGGGUACCCCGGAGCCCCGAGACCCUGCAGCGCGCCACGAACAGCACCUAUCUGAACAAGACGCCUCUCGAGCUGACAGAGAGAUGCACAAAUCUGCAAAAUGACUUCGAGAGGAUAUUUAACGUGGUUAAAAGGUAUUCAGAGGAUGACUUUCUUGAGACUGUGAUGCAUAUACAGAACUGUUCAUGGAAACGACGAGCAGAAGAAUAUAAGAAUUUUAGAGAAAAACUUGCUUCCUGUUGUAAUGCUGUCCAAAACCUCAUUGUCUCGAAAAAAAACACUCCAGUUGGGACUAACAUGAUUUACGAGGCGGAACGUCAGUACACAAUCCUAAUUAGAGAGAACAUUUUUAAUAUGUUCCCCGUGUCGCAGCCUUUUGUGGAGCGCCCUUACAAUCAGUGUGCAGUGGUUGGAAAUGGGGGGAUUCUGAAUAAGUCUGGCUGCGGAGCUGAAAUAGAUAAAUCUGACUUCGUUUUUAGGUGUAACCUCCCCCCAACAACAGGAAUUGUUAGUAAAGAUGUUGGCAAUAAAACCAACCUUGUGACUGUAAAUCCCAGUAUCAUAAAAAUAAAAUAUGAGAACUUAAACGAAAAGAAAGGAGAAUUUCUGGAGGACAUUGCAGCCUAUGGAGACGCAUUUCUUCUAUUUCCAGCGUUUUCCUUCAAGAUCAACACCGCUCCUUCUUUUAAAGUAUACGAUGCUCUGAACGAGUCUAAUGCAAGACAGAAGGUUAUAUAUUUCCAUCCCAGCUACCUGAAGAAUCUGGCCAGCUUCUGGAGAACUAAAGGCGUGAAAGAGUACCGCCUGUCCUCCGGCUUGAUGAUUGCCAGCGUGGCCGUGGAGCUGUGUGAGACGGUGAAGCUCUAUGGGUUUUGGCCCUUCUCUAAAACCUUGCAGCACGCGCCCGUUAGCCAUCACUACUACGACAACAGAUUGCCGAAGCUCAAUUUCCACUUUAUGCCCGAAGAAUACGGCCACAUUCUCCAACUUCACAUGAAAGGAAUCCUCCAGUUACAAUUCAGCAAAUGUUAAACAGCCUAACCAAAGUGACUGAAGAGGGGAAUAGUUUUAAUGUAAUGCUCUAGGUGAGUAACAGUGUUUCCGAGCACAAAAAUUGGUCGUUGUAAGGUAUAAUAGGAGGAGCCCGAAAUUUCGUUUGAUUCAAGUUCUCCACUAAGUGUGCGACCUUGGAAACUCAUUCCGUUGUUCUGAUCUUCAGUUUCCCUGCCUGUAAAAUGGGGACCAGGAUGUCUAACUCCUAUGAGGAAAAUGUGAAAAUCUAUGAAAACUCUUAAUGAAGUAUUUGCCUGAGGCAGAUUCUCAAAGUCUGUUUCCUUAUUGGUAAUUAUAACAACAUUUCCACCCUCGCCUAACUGAUAAUAAAAGGUGUGCUGUGUUGGAAACCCUUCCUGGAGAGAACACCUGAACUGCCAGCACUCACGGAUGUUCUUCCUCGGGCAGGUCUCUCUAUUAUCAAUAAUAUCCUUCUUAUCUUUAUUUCUUCCUGUCUUAGAGUGCAUAUAAGAAAAUUAUGUGCUUAAACAAGAAACCCUUGAUUAUUCAGGAAUGAAAUCCUUCCCUUUGUAUGCUAAUAUGCCUGCUUCUGAUUACAUUCACUUGUGUCAUUUGCUGUGAUGACUUGCAUUGGUUGGAUUUUAGGCCGAUUCUUUUUUUUCUUUAUCUACAUUUUAAAAUCACUUUUUAUAUUAACUUCCUGCUUCACUCUUAAGUCUUUUCCUCUCACUGACAAUAUCUACUUCAAGGAUAUGAAUGGUUACAACAUCCAGUUUUUCUUACCUGUUGACUUGUCUGUGGGAUCACUUACUCAGUUUAUGUUUUAAAAAUUAUUGAAUAGCUACUUCAUGCCAACCCUGCAACAAGCUCUGUGAGAGGGAUACAAAGAUGACUAAGUCCUGCAGGAGGAAGCAGACAUGCAUGUCAUCAACUAUGAUAUGGUGUGACCAAUGUUAUUACAAUAGUUAUGGAUAGAGAAUUAUGAAGAACAAGAAGCAGAAAUAAUUAAAUCUACUUCAGUGGAAUCUAUUUCAGAGAAGAGGUGAUCUCUGUAUUAAACCUAGAUGAGUAAGGUUUUACCAAAUGAAGACAAUCCUGGGUAGAGGGAAUAUGAUAGAGAAAAAAGCUGUCCCCUUGAUUUAGAUUCAUCAAAACUAACACAUUUGAAGGUAGAUCAUGGUCUUUGCCCCAAAAAACUUCUACAUGAGGGUAGGAUACUGAGUGUGGGGGUGCUGGCCUGCGCCCACAUCUGUGAAGUGGGAAUAAUACCAACCUAACAGAUUUUAUAGGAAAGCUGUAAGGAUUAAAACAUGCAAACUUAAUUCUCAUAAGGAAUGGUGUAUGUUUAUAUGAGAAAUAAGACUAAUCAAUUAAAUAUCAAUCUAAAACGAAGCUUGUGUAGAUAUAGAAUAUUAGCAUUUUCACACCACUCCCUUACAUUAUGAUGACACGUGUUAAUAUGGGUCAUCCCUGGGGGUUGCAGGGCUGGGUGAAAAAGGUGAAAGGAUUAAGAAGAAACACAUACACAUAUCAUCCCGGCAUCUACUGAAUAAGUUAUUUGACUUAAGUAAUUAUGUUACAGGAUAGUAAAAAGCUAGGAAAAGUCCAGGGCAGAAGGAACACAAACACUGACACAAAAUUAAAGAAGGCCAAACAGAUUAGACAGCUUGUAGCCAAUUUGCAGCAAAAUCUUGAGAACAAAUGUCUAAUACCGCUCCUCACUAACCAAAGAAUGCAAGAAAGAAGGGGGAAUUUUAAUGCCUCUUCUCUCUAACCAGAGAAUAUAUAGCUUAAAUCACCCUGGAACUCUUAAGGCAGGAGGGGGGAGGGGGAAGAAAGAGGGGAGAGAUUUAUCUCACCUACUAAACAAAGAAGUUAGCCAUUUUGGGGAAGAAGGAAAGAAGAGGGAGUUUUCUUCUCACUGUUUAAACAGAAAAGCCAACAGUCUCUGAGCUUGUUAAAGAUAAAAUCACCAGAUACUUCUCAUAAAUUCUGGGACAGCCACAACAAAGUAAAAGGGAGAUGUUAAGAGUUAAUCUGUACCGAGAUAUAUGACAGAGGAAUUUAAAAACCUGUAGACAGAAAAAUAUAAGACACCAAACCUCUACCAAGCUCACUUCUCAAGACUAGCUGGGAAGUCCAUCUGUGCUUCAUAAGCCAGAUGUAUAGAUUUGCUUGCCUUGCUUCUUUAAUAAAUUUUGCUUUACUUCUUUAAUAAAUUGUCUUUUCUACAACUCAGUUAUCUGGGAUCACUCAUUUGAAUUUAUUUCUACGAAUCUGACAAGAACUGAGGAGGGGACAGCCCGCUCCCUUCAACUCAUGGGGCUGUCCAAUAGCACCUUUUCUGGAGUUUCUGGUGCCUAUAACAAUUAUGUGCAUAUUUUCCUGCUUGUCUUUGUAUCAUUGCAAGGUGAGCAGAAAUAGGAGUGGAAUAGACUGGGCAGCAUGCUGAAUUAAUUACAAUUCUUAAUUCUAAAUUCUUACCUAGCUAGAUAAAUGGUUUACUAAAUGUUCACUUAUAUAAACACCCUGCUAUAAAUUGCUUAUUUUCAUAAAGUACGUCUUUAAUUUGAUUGUAGUUGACAUUUGUGAUGCUAUUCUCAGUUUAUACUUUCAUUUGUUCUUCUGUAGCAAAUGAAACCUAUUAUGCCCAUAAAUUGAUUAAAAGUUCAUACGUAAAUAUUUUCCAAAAGAAACAUGCUUUUAAUUACAUAAAGUCUAAUUAUUUUCUUUCUUUUUGUGGUGAUGAAUAGGUUGCUGAUUUUUACUCCUCCUACUGUCUUUCAUUAGCUUUUAAAACCUGCUAGCAGUAUUGGUAAUGUCUCCAUCAUGUUACUAGCAAUGGAUUAUUAAAAACAGAUCAAAACAUUCUGAUAUUUUACAGUUAGUAAAAUGUUUCUUUCCAAAUAUGUCCUGGUAAGAACUUAAACAUUUUUCUUUGAUGGUAUUGGAAAUAAAUAAUUGAGUAAAAGUAUGUAUUGAAAUAAAUGAUUAAAUAUAAAUAUAGAGACUUUAUUAGUUAUUUUAAUAAAAAUUACAUAUGAUUAGUAAAUUUAGAGCUUACUUAAGUUUUUUCCAUAUAAUUUGCUCUUUUAACUUUGGAAAUUUUUUCUAGAAUAUAAAAUGAAACAAAAUCUUCAAUGCCGCUGAUCAGGAUUUCAGAAAUAUUCAAAAUGGUUCCAGUAAAAGUUCAGUAGAAAACAAAUUUUUAAAUUGUGGAGAAAAUUGUAGACCUAUCAACCUGAACACAACUGAAGUUGAUUUCUUGUUUAACAUUUAUAUUAACAUUUGUGUUGUCAUUCUAAAAGCAUGUUGAAAUUAUACAACAAUCCCAGUUAGAUUCAUAUUAGUCAAAAAGAACAUGUGUAUUUUCUAUCUGUUUCCCAAGUGGGUCUGUAGCUGUUAUGAAAUCUCAACACCUUGUAGUUACCUGCCAUGAGCUGAAACUCUCCUCAUUCUCUGUAGUGUAGUCAGUGGGCUAUGGAGAAAUAAAGAGAGUAGGUGGCCUUAUUCACAUCAGAGCAUUUCUUCCCUGGCAGAGGAUGACCUUCUACUUGUUCCAUUGUGAUGUGCCAAUAAUGUCCUUUUGUUCCUAAACAGAAUUUAAAAUUUUUUUCUAAAGGAAAAGAGAGCAUGAAUUUUAUUAUGUAACUAUCAGCUUAUGAAAAAUGUAAAUCAUAAGUCACAGUUCUUUUUGUUCUGUAAUGGUGAAUUAUUACAAGUUUUUCCGCCAAGAUCAAAACAGAAAGGAAAACUAUACACUCCAUCUUAUAGAUUUAUACAUGAACCACUACCAGAUCUGACUGUGACACUCUCCAGGUGUAACGAGCAUUGCUUAAAUGUUGUUAGAUUGGUUGAGUUUGAUCUGCUCUUAAACUUCAAGUACAUCCGGGACAUGGGUGCUAUAGAGUACUACACCUUUAGUUGAGACUCGGGCUCCUAAAACCCCAUGCCACCAGUUUUUAAGGGAAAUACUCGCUUUCUUGAUUCUAUUUUCUGCUUGUUGAGCAGCAUCACUGGGCAAUGUAACUGAAUAACAAGAUUCUAAAAGAAUUUCCAUCCAAAUCUGAAGGUAAGGCAGACAUAGUCAUUGAAGCAUGUAGUCCACAGGGCUUUAUGGUUUCUGAAAAGGACUCCAUAAACAAUUGUAUAGAUUUAAAUUUCACGUGCUAAACUAGUACUUGAAGUCUCUGGUGUUUUUCCCUCCUAACAAAAGGCAAAGCCUAAUAGAUUAUAACUUUCAUGAAAGAAGAUUUCUUUCUACAUAUAAAUUUCAACCCAGUAAAUAUGUGGGCUCUCAGCUAGGUAUUCAUACAAGGACAUUUUUUUGAGGACUUUCUAUGUAUAGAAUACUGAAUUAAGCCAUAAAUUAGACCUGUUUGGGGCUAGAUUUUUUUUUCCCUUGCUUACAAAAAAUUUACCAGUUAAAUACGAUUAUCAUGUCAGGUACCCUAAACCAUUCCAUGAAUCUCCAGAAUCUUUGGGAAACUGGAAAAUUUUGUGGAUAAUGGCUCUGUUCACAUCCUAAAUAGCUACUGCAGAAGGCUAGUUACAGCAGAACUUUUAUUUAUGUAACAUGAUGUGAAACACAUUGUUAUGCUCUUAAACAGUAAAGGAAUUGCAGAAAGUCACAUAAAAUAUCUUAAGCAUUUGACCUAAUAAGACUAUUUCUUUUUCUAUUCUUGAUUUUUUUUUUUAAAAAGUCAUUUAGAGCUGCUGGGUGAGUUCCAAGUUUCCUAUUUGCAUGUGGCUUCAAAGGCUGACUCCAUGGCAAAGAGUCACCUUUACCCUUUUGAAGAUGUAUGGGCAGGGAAAUUUCUCUUGUCCAUCGUAUCUUAUCUGGGUCAUCUCUUCUAAGACCAUUCAGCUUUUAAUAAAAAAUGUGAGUGACAUAUGAUAAAUAUGCAUUGCUCACAUAAUGGAGGAAAGACAAACCCUUUAGUAGAUGGUAUUAGAACAUUAUCUCACAAUAUGGAGAAAAAUUCCUACAUUGCACAAUAGAAAAAGUUGGACACCAGAUAGAUUAAAGACAAGUUCAAAGGUAAACUGUAAAGCUAAUAGAACUAAAUUGUUAGUGACGGGCUGUAAUUCUUAAAUAUAACCUAAAAAUAAUUUUUUUUUAAAUUCAGUCAAGAAAUGAGGUCUCUGGCUAUAUUAAAAUGACAGAUUUCUAGUCAAUGAGCAGCAUCUUAAACAAAGUGAGUAGGCUGGUGACAGACUGGAAUAGCUUUUAUCAAUGUGUAAAUUAAUGACAUUAAUAUAAAUAUAGAAACAUUCCUAGGAACUGCAAAUCAUAAAGUAAAAGACAGGAAUCUCAGUAUAAAAAUGAACAAAGAAUAAGCAUGUGGUCUACAAAGGGAAAUGUUAAGUAGCUAAUAAGAUAGAGUGAUGCUUGAGAUUACUAGAAUCUGAGAAAUAAAAAUUAAAAGAUUUAUAUUACAUAUUAUAUUAUAUAUUAUAUUAAUCAUAUUGGCAAUAAUAAGGUCAUUCAUUCUAAAUGCUGGUGGAAGUUUAAACCUAUUCAACCAUUUUGGAAAUCAGUCUGGAAGUACUGAGUUAGUCAGAUUAAUUAUUCGUCUGUCCUAUGGCCCAGCAAUACCACCUGUUGGAUACAUGCCCCAGAGAACUUUAAGGUCCACAAGGAGACUAAUACUAGGAUACUUAUUUCAUUAUUGUUUGUGGUAGCAGGAAUUUGGGUGCACAGGUGUCUAUGUCUCAGGGAAUUAAUGAGUUAACUUUGACGAAUACAUAGUAUGGAAUACAUGGCAGCAAUUAGAAGCAACUUACUGGAUGUAUACAGAGCCGCUAGGAUAGAUCCUUAAAAUAUAGUGUAAAGGGAAAAAUAAGAGCUAUAGCACAAUGCCACUUGAAUACAUUAAAGCCUAUACAUACAUACACACAUACAUAUACACAUGCAUACACAUACGUAUUCAAGGGUAUAUAUUAAACAUAGAACAGUGCCCAUUUAGUAGAGAGCGGUGGGAGUGGUUUUAGGGAUAAAGGGGAAAAAAUGAAUAAAGAACACAAGAAAAGGGCCUUGCAGAGACAGUGGCUACUGAGAAUGCCAUGAACAAAGAGCCUAAUGGUUAACUCUCAAUUUGAGGCUAAAAUAAAAUAAGGUCAGAAGGAAUAACAUAUGUUCGUUUGAAAAGAGUAGUUCUAAAACAACAUAAAAAAUAAAUUUUCUGUUUUCCAAGAGGAGAGAAGAGACAUCCUUUGGCAGAAAAAUAGUAGUGCUAAGGAGGUAUUGCUACAGAAGGGGGGAGAGAGAAUACAAAUGAGCAGGAGAAGAUAAUACAUACUAUAUGGAAAUGAACAGUUAUGUUAUGCCAGUGCUAUGCGGGGUACUUUAUAUCUGUCAUCAUGUUUAACAGAGCAAGCCUUGGACACAUAUAUUCUUAUCCAUACAUAAAAUAGUCUUACUACCACAUAAAUAUAGAAGCUCAGACUCAAAUGGGUAAGUAACUUCUGUAAGGUUAUAAGAGCAGAGCUAGCAUUCAAACUCACACCUGUCUGACUCUAAAGCCAUGUGUACACGCAUGAAACCAUCUCCACAAUAAACAAUGUGUGUGUCCGUUACCCCAAAAUGUUUUCUUGUGCUACUUUCACUCAACAUAAUAAGAUUCAUUCAUGUUGUUUGUACAUCAGUAGUUUAUUCUUUUAUAGGCUGAGCAGAACUCUAUCAUAUGGCUACAGAAUCAUUUGUUUAUCCAUUCACCUGUUGAUGUAUAUUUGAGUUGUCUCUGGUUUUGGGCUGUUACAAAUACAGCUGUCAUGAACAUUCAUAUACAGAUGUUUGUGUGGACAUAUAUUUUUAUUUAUUUGCUGCAAAUAUCUAGGAUUAGAAUGGCUGGGGAAUAUGGUCAAUGUAUGUCUAACAUAUUUUUUAAAAACUACCAACUGUUUUCCAAAGUGGUUGUAACAUUUUGGGUUUCUAUCAACAGUGUAUAUCAGUUGCAGUUGCCUCACAUCUUUCAUAAAUUUUGGUAUGUUCAGUCUUUUGUUUUUUUAUUUUAAAAUUGUUUUAAAUUUUCAAUUAUAGUUGACAUUCAGUAUUGCAGUAUAUUACUUUCAAAUGUACAGCAGAGUGAUGAGGCAUUUAUAUAACUUACAAAGUGAUCCCCAUGAUAAGUGUAGUAUCCACCUGACACCAUGCAUAGUUAUUAAAAUAUGAUUGACUAUAUUCCUUAUUCUGUACUUUACAUCCCCUUGACUGUCUUAUAACUGCCAAUGGUAUGGUCAGUCUUUUCAAUUUUAGACGUUCUGUUGGGUGUAUAGUGUGUCUCAUGAUUUUAAUUUGAGUUUCCCUUAUGAUUGUAUUUCAUAUAUUUAUUUGCCUUUGUAUAUCUUUUUUGGUGAAGUGUCUGUUCAAAUAUUUUGACCACUUUUAAUUGGAUUGUCUUCUCAUAAUUGAAUUAUAAGAGAUCUUUAUUCUAGUACAAGUCUUUUGUCAGAUACAUGUUUUGCAACUAUUUUCUCUUUGUGUUUGGUUUGCCUUUUCAUUUUCUUAAUCGUGUAUUUUGAAUAUCAAAACAUUUCAAUUUUACUAAAGUCUAGAUUCUUGAUUUUUAAAUUUUUAGUAUCAACUUUAAGAAAUCUCCACCCUGGCCCAUGUGACUUGGUUAGUUGGAAUGUCAUCCAUACACCAAAGGGUCACAGGUUCAAUCCCAGGUCAGGGCGUGUAUGGAAGCAAUCAGUUGAUGUAUCUCUCUC